AGUCCUGUGAGAGUGGUGACAAAAUAUUAAUAUUUACCAGAUGGGGAUGCACAAAGGGGUCACAGCUCCAGUCGAUGAAAUGGAAUGUUCUUGUGUGGAAAGUAAAGUUAAGCUGGUGAAGCGUCCGCCUGUCAAGCUGGGGUCCUCCGCUGCUCACAAGAUGAGUGACGUGCUAGUCUGUUUUAGGUGCUGUGUUGCCGAGCAACCACAGCCGAAGAGGCGUAGGAGGAUAGACAGGAGUAUGAUAGGUCUACCAACCAAUUUCCAACACACAGGACACAUAGGAUCAGGGGAUGUAUCCAAUUUUAGCUCACCUGGGGUGAAUUCCAUACAAGGACAAAUGUCGUCCAAGGGGGGCUAUGACCAUGUAUCUCCUGUUAGUGUUCACUUAGAUGUUAGAGAUUUACAAGAUGUACAGAAGUCAUGAGGGUUGCUCACUGUCCUUUGAUGGAUGAUAUUUUAUAAAAGAAAACAAACUGUUCACACUGCCAAGCCCCCAGUGCUGUAAUAAACCUGUGCCCAGAUCUCCAUUCAAUAUAACCACACAAUGACAGUGCAGCAGGGAGACAGCCUAUGCAAACACAGUCUGAAGAAAGCAUUGACCAAAUGAACAAGAAUGCAGACAAUUAUAGACUGACAGCAGCUGCACAUUGUGUGCUGAGAUGAUGCAUGGGUUUUGAUAUACUUAUAUAUAUAUAUAUAUCAGAUAUAUCUGGAUAUACAUGAUGUAAAGGGGGCACAGUAGUGUAGUAACAGCAGCAGCUUUGUGGUGCAAAAUUCAAAACUGAAAUAUGGAUUUUACACGUACUAGUAUAUGGAUACGUAUGUCAUAACACAUAUAUACACAUCAGCACAUCACUGGACUGUCAAAGCAGACAUGAAGUACUGGUUUUAUUUAUCAAAAGGAACCCCCAGGUGGCUGGCUCACAUGCCUCCUGGCGUCUACAGUAUUUUACCAAGAAACUGGAAAUGAUAGCAGUGAAAGUAUCUGGUCUUACAUUACUGGGAGCACAGAACAUGUCACAAACACCCACAUGUGCUGAACAUGGAGAACUUCAUUGUCAUAGUACAGGUCCCAGUUUCACUAAAAAACUUAAGUCAGUUUCCUGGCUUAGUUGAGUAGGAUUUCCAUGAGAGUGCUGUAACAAUGUGCCAGAUAGGGUA